AAAGGGCCAGAGCGCGAAUUCCCGUCGCCCGCCCCCUGCGCCCUGGUCUGCCGGCCGCGCCCACCCGCCUGCGGCCCCUCCGCCCGGCCGCCCUUCGCGGCGCCCCCUUUCCGGUCAGUGGAGGGGCGGGAGGAGGGGCGGGGGCGCCAGGGGUGGUGAAGUCCUGGAGAGGGUUUGGGUUGCAGUUUCCUUGUGCUGUAGAUACAGUCCCCUCCUCGCCAGCGCCAGGCUCCUCCCCCCCUCGGCGCGGAUGACACUAGAACCUCCUUAAGUUGCGUCGCGCCACAGCUGUCUGCGAACACUGAGCUGCCUGGCGCCGUCUUGAUACUUUCAGAAAGAAUGCAUUCCCUGUAAAAAAAAAAAAAAAAAAACUGUGAGAGGGAGAGAGAGAGGAAAAGAGAGAGACGGAGAGCGCGCGAGACAGAGCGAGCCACGCAAUCUGACUGAGCAGUUUCUGCUCUCGGGUCACCCGCCGCCGCCGCCUCCUCCUCUCUGCUCCUCGCUUCCCAGGCAACCCGAGGACAGACUCAGGCUCGGAGCCUCUGAGGACCCCCAGUGCACAGGAGCCUCUUGCAGAAUUCCAGCUGUUCUCGCUCCCUCCCUUUGCAAUUUGAUCCCCCUUUAUACUUCCAUACCUAUUUUUUUGGAAUUUCUUUUUUCUUCCUCUUCUUCUCCUUGCUAAACUACCCCGCAGAGAUUAAAACAAACCCCUUAUUUGCUCACCUUUCCUUCCCAGCUUUCUAUUCCCCUAUUGAAAAAUCAUUAAACGCCCCUCGUCCCUCCGACGGCAGAAGCACCUGCAGAGCCCCGGAGGCCCCUGACCUCCUAGCCCGACCGCCCUCCCUCACCGCGCGCGGGUUCCGGGCCCGGCGAGAGGGCGCGAGCGCAGCGGGGGCCAUGGAGGUGACGGCGGACCAGCCGCGCUGGGUGAGCCACCACCACCCCGCGGUUCUCAACGGGCAGCACCCGGACACGCACCACCCAGGCCUCGGUCACUCCUACAUGGACCCGGCGCAGUACCCUCUGCCGGAGGAGGUGGAUGUACUUUUUAACAUCGAUGGUCAAGGCAACCAUGUCCCGUCCUACUACGGAAACUCGGUGAGGGCCACUGUGCAGAGGUACCCUCCGACCCACCACGGGAGUCAGGUGUGCCGUCCACCCCUGCUGCACGGAUCCCUGCCCUGGCUGGACGGUGGCAAAGCCCUGGGCAGCCACCACACCGCGUCGCCCUGGAACCUGAGCCCCUUUUCCAAGACGUCCAUCCACCAUGGCUCCCCCGGGCCGCUCUCCGUCUACCCGCCGGCCUCAUCCUCCUCGCUGUCCGCGGGCCACUCCAGCCCGCACCUCUUCACCUUCCCGCCUACCCCGCCGAAGGACGUCUCCCCGGACCCGGCACUGUCCACCCCGGGCUCGGCCGGCUCGGCGCGCCAGGACGAGAAAGAGUGCAUCAAGUACCAGGUGCCACUGCCCGAUGGCAUGAAGCUCGAGUCGUCGCACUCGCGUGCCAGCAUGACCACCUUGGGGGGCGCCACCUCCACGGCCCACCACCCCAUCACCACCUACCCGCCCUACGUCCCCGAAUACAGCUCCGGACUCUUCCCGCCCAGCAGCCUGCUGGGGGGCUCCCCCACCGGCUUCGGAUGCAAGUCCAGGCCCAAGGCGCGGUCCAGCACAGAAGGCAGGGAGUGUGUGAACUGCGGGGCGACCUCAACCCCCCUGUGGCGACGGGAUGGAACGGGGCAUUACCUGUGCAACGCCUGCGGGCUCUACCACAAGAUGAACGGACAGAACCGACCCCUCAUUAAGCCCAAGCGAAGGCUGUCGGCAGCAAGAAGGGCAGGUACAUCCUGUGCAAACUGUCAAACCACCACGACCACUCUCUGGAGAAGAAAUGCCAAUGGAGACCCUGUCUGCAAUGCCUGCGGGCUGUACUACAAGUUGCACAAUAUUAACAGACCCCUGACUAUGAAGAAGGAAGGCAUCCAGACCAGAAACCGAAAAAUGUCUAGCAAAUCCAAAAAGUGCAAAAAGGUGCACGACACGCUGGAGGACUUCCCCAAGAGCAGCUCGUUCAACCCCUCCGCCCUCUCCAGACACAUGUCUUCCCUGAGCCACAUUUCCCCUUUCAGCCACUCCAGCCACAUGCUGACCACCCCAACGCCGAUGCACCCCCCAUCUAGCCUCUCCUUUGGACCUCACCACCCUUCCAGUAUGGUCACCGCCAUGGGCUAGAGGCCCUGGCCCACGCGGACUGGUCUCCGCCAGAGGCCUGCCAGCCCCUUCUACGUGCAUUUUUGCAGGAGCAGUAUCAUGAAGCCGAAAUCCAUGGAUCUACGUUUUUGAAGGCAGAAAGCAAAACAACGUUGGCCACUUUUGCAGAGGAGCUCGCUGUGGUGUCUGUGUUCUCAAUCACUGACUCUGGAUCCCAUUUGUGAAUAAGCCAUUCAGACUCACAUUCCCUCUUUACCAGGGUCUCUAGUGCUGUGAAAAAAACCUAAAUACAAAAAACAAAACAAAAAAAACCCCACAAAAAAACCACUGAACAUUGCAUAUAACUUAUAUUGUAAGAAAUACUGUACAUUUGAAGAAGACUUUAUUGCAUCUGGGUAGCUGUGAGAAAGGCAUGAAGGACACCAGGAGUUUUUAAGGCAUAUGGGGGAAUAAAGUGUGGAAAAUAAGAAGAAACUAGGUCUGGUAUUCAAGUGGACAAACUGCCAGUUUCCUUUCCUUUCACUGGCCACAGUUCGAUGCAUUAAAAAAAAAAAGAAGGAAAAAAAGAGAAAAAAGUCUUAGGAAAUCAUUUGAUCGAAGCUGUGGGCCUCUGUGUAGGAAACCUAUCAGGGCCGGGCAUCUGUGUCAACACGCAUGUAUUGUCAUCAAGGGUCUCAGAUAGCCUUUUUCCAGGCCUACAUGCUUUGUGAACAAGUCCCUGUAAUUGUUGUUUGUAUGUAUAAUUCAAAGCACCAAAAUAAGAGAUGUAGAUUUAUUUCAUCCUAUUAUACAGGCUGAAUUGUUGUACAAAUUUAUUUACUGCUAGUGUUAUGAACUGCUUUUUUUUUGUUUUAAUAUUUUCCUUCUCUCUAAAUUUUUGGUUGAAUAAACUAGAUGACAUUCAGUUGACCUAAGGUGGUUGUGCUCUGGAGGGCUUCUUUUCCAUUUUGCUUUUUGGUGAUAUUUAUUCAAUAGCUUCUAAGGGUACAGCAGCCUCUGCCAUGUCACUCGGUGCUCCACAGCCUGUACUGUGAGGGUAGCCACGUAUGAGCUACUGCCGUGCAUGUCAGUGACCCAGACCGCGCGGCCGGUCCUGGAGCAGCCUGGCUGAUUGUUAGCUCCUGUUGUGUUCUGUGUUAGUGAUCACUGCCUUUCAUACAGUCUGUUGGAAUAAUAAUAUAAAAAUAAUAAUAAAAUAUUUUAAAACAACCAAAUACCAUCGUAUCCAAGUAGUGGCCAAGCUCUUAUAGAAUCUUGUAGCUCUAGCGAAUUUAAGAAAUGAGUUCAAAACUAAAACCAAAACUCAGAUGUGUUAAGGUAUUCACUAGGAGGUAAUGCAGACCCCAGAUAGUCAGCACUGAUUCCUUUGGGAAACUGGGUGUCUUGGGAGCUCUCUGUGAAGCCCAGACGAUUUAUCCUGGGGCCGGUGGAGCUUCUGUGGUUCCCUAGUGAGCUGUGGUUCCUUCCUGCUCACCUGUGUCCCCCGUGGACUAUCUUCUCGCAGGAGCAAUGGGAAGAUUUCCUCGCUGAGCUUCACAGGCGAAGUGAAGCUGGUGGAUUCCUCGUGGUCCUCUGCAAGAUGUAAAGGAGCUGGGCUGGUUCUUAAGUUCAUUUCUGUUUUGCUUUUCUAUUGUUGAAUUGAAUAACACCACCAUGGAGGGUUUAUGGGAAUGUUUGCGAAACAUGAAAUCACCAUUUUGUAACUUAUGCUGUAUAGUUUCCUUUGACUCUGUUGACAGAAUGUGUAACUAUGGCACACAUUUUAAAAUCUCUGUUAAUCGCCUCUCUGCUUUCUUAGCAAAUAUUUUAAACCUAAAGCUAAAUGUUGAAAUAAAGGAGUAGAGAAUUACUGA